CAGAGAGUCGCGCGCGUUAAUAAAUCAGGAAACAGAGAAGAAUAGUGAGACAUUUAUAGAUUUGUAAUCACGUAAUGUUAAAUAAUAUACAUUUUAUCCAGGUUUUUAGCGGUCAAUAAGGAGCAAACACAGGUGUUGAUGAUGGUGGAGAAUUCUCCGUCUCCUUUACCUGAAAGAGCGAUCUACGGCUUUGUGCUGUUUUUGGGAUCUCAGUUCGCGUUCUUGCUGUAUUUAGUGUGGGCUUUUGUCCCGGAGGUUUGGCUUCAUUCCGUUGGACUGACCUAUUGGCCACAGAAAUAUUGGGCUCUGGCUGCUCCCAUAUACCUGCUGGUCACUAUAACCACAUGUUUUGUGCUGCUGUUUGGUGUAAAUCUGAUGAACGUGGCUCCACUCGCUUCAGUAGACAACAUCACAGAUCACUUCGCAAAGAGUCAGCGUUUGGAAGAGUGUCAGGAUGGAGCGAUUCCCAGACUGCGAGAUUUCUCCAUUAGUGAAAUAAACCGUCUGUUUUACCUCGAUCGACACGAUGAGAACACACUCAAUAUGACAAGACACCGGUGAAGUUUUAUUUUGUCUUAUGCCCUUCAUAGGGAGUGUCUCACAUUUGCAGAUGUUUGCCAUUGUUCAGAGUUGAGAUGAUCAGAUCCAUCAGCCGCUGUGACAGGCCUGAGAUUUGACUCUCUGAUGAACUCUAGUGUGUGUGUUAUCAUCACGAGUGCUCACAGUAUGCACUGACUGAACGACCCCUGACACUGAGGCACACCACUGAGACAAGAGGAGUCUGGGUUCUGGAUGUUGUUGCGCUUUUGAAACAAACAAUAAAAUA